AGAGAAACGGCCAAUCGCAUCAAGAAUUGUUUUUUUUUAUUUCAUAGUUUUCCAUGUAUUAAUAGUCAGCAUUUGCAACAUUAUAAUUCCGCCAUGAUACCACGUCAGCACAUGGCUGCAAGACUGCGGCCACUCGUCUUCAUCACCCCUACACGAUGCUUCUCUCACGCGAGCACCUGUUAUGCAGCACAAGCACGUGCUUCACUUUCCAAAUUCUGGGUACCGACAGGCGGAAUAUCAGAGACUGAUCAUGAAUCAGGCCAUGCAAAACUCAUUCGUGCUGGAUUUCUAAGGCAGACUCAGUCUGGUAUCUUCCAUCUGCUCCCGCUCGGUGUCAGAGUCCAGGACAAGAUUGCCAAGAUGAUUGACAAGCACAUGGAAUAUAUCGGCGCCUCGCGGCUUGCCAUGUCUUCAUUAACGACAGAGGAUCUUUGGAGAAAGAGUGGACGCUUUGAAAACAUUGCAUCCGAGCUCUUUCAGCUCCAAGAUCGCAAGGAAAUGAAGUUCAUGCUCGGGCCAACACACGAAGAAGAGAUUACAACACUGGUUGCAAGCACACUAAAGUCAUACAAGGACCUUCCUAUCCGUCUUUAUCAAACGACCCGCAAGUACAGAGAUGAGGCACGUCCCCGACAAGGACUCUUGCGGUCCCGCGAAUUCAUUAUGAAGGACAUGUAUUCGUUUGAUACCACGUACGAAGGAGCCAUAGAGGCAUACAAAGAUGUAUCGUCCGCUUACCGAGCCAUCUUUGCUGAACUCAAGGUUCCUAUUCUGAUUGCCGAAGCCAGUUCUGGAGACAUGGGUGGCGAUCACAGCCACGAAUACCACCUCACAAACGACAUUGGUGAGGAUACCGUUGCCCACUGCAAGAGCUGUGGCUACACUGCCAACGAUGAAGUGGCCGCUACCCGUGCUCUGACAGACACUAUCAACCCCCCAACCUCUGCCGAUGAAUUCCUUGUCUGGCGUGGCAUCACAAAAGAUCGCAAGACGCUUAUCAAUGCUUGGUAUCCGCUCAAGAACGGAGAGAACAAGGGCACGAACACACAUGCACUCAAGGCAGCUGUCUCCGACCUCGACACCAGCAUCACUGACCCAGUUUCAGCCUGGGCAGAGGCACUGGCAUCCCACCCCGACGCCAAACUCGUCAAUGUCCUCGAUUACCGCCUCGCACUAUCAUUUGACACGUUUAAAGCUCAACUCCCUAUCCUCCCCGCCAACAUGACACACUCUACUCCUCCUACAACCUCAGUUACCGUCUCCAAGGAUCAGCCUAUUGAUCUCCUUCCCAUCACUGCUAACGACCCAUGCCCGCGCUGCGCUGACGGCACCCUCAGCAUCCACCGCGCCCUUGAGCUCGGUCACACAUUUUACCUCGGAACGCGCUACUCUAUUCCUCUAGAAGCAUAUACCACUCUCCCCGAAAACCCAUCCGAGCCCGUUCCUCUACAAAUGGGAUGCUACGGUAUCGGUGUAUCGCGAAUCCUAGCCGCCGUAGCUGAACACAAGGCCGAUGACAAGGGUCUCAAUUGGCCACGCUCCAUCGCACCGUAUGAGGUGAUUAUGAUUCCUACUUCUACUACAACAGAAGAGAUUGAUCAAUUACAAGACUCGCUAUCGGAGACUGCAGAUGUGGUGAUUGAUGACCGCAAAAAGGCCUUUGGCUGGAAGAUGCAGGAUGCCGAUUUGACAGGCUACCCUGUUAUAGUGGUUAUUGGCAAGGCCUGGAAGACAAAUAAGGAAUGCGAAGUGCAGUGUCGAGCGCUGGGAAUCAAAGAGAGCGUUGCGGCGGCAGCCUUGCCAGAGUUUGUUCGAAAACUGCUAGACCAAUUGUAGAAUAUAUCGACAUGUAAUAUAGUGUAUUGAUCUUAGUCGCUUUCACAAUGAGAUGGUAUUGAUGGUGUGUAAAACAGGUCAAAAUAUAGGAUGACUGAUUAAAUAUAGUCAAAUAUGAUACUCCCA